CGUGAAAGCCGCGUGCAUCGCUAUCCUGGCGGGCACCGCCACGUUCGUGCUCGCUCGGCGAGGAGGCUUGCUACGGAUCCUUCGCCGCAAAAGCGACUGUAAACCCAAGGACAAGUCAUGCAGCGCGAAAAGCGGUAUCGCGACUGUUUCAUCUUCGCCCAACGACGCGGCCGCGGUGAGCACGCAACGAUUCUCGCUGAUAGCAGGCUAGUCGCGUGCAUGUUCUGUUGCAUAGCACAUUCGCGAUUCGCUAGAAGUCAACAUGUUCGACGGUUUGACCGUGCCUUUGCGCGAUGACCUGCAGCCGACGAAGGCCGCCGAUGAGGCCGCUGACGCCACCUCCAGCAGCGGCGGUGCCAGCAGCCCUAGCGGCGAGCUCGCUCUGGCCGCCGUCAACGACAAGUCCAGCUCGGGCCCCUCCGACGCCUCCACGGGCGGCUGCGCCUCCUCCGCCAGCUCUGGCAACACGGCGGCCGGCAGCCUCAGCGGCACGGGCCUCUCCGCCUUCCGUGGGGACAACGCCGCGUGCAGCGCCACCACCGCUGACACCAUCGCCACUGCUUUCCCCAACAAUGCCAAGGAGGCACAGGUGGAAACCGUGGAGCGCACAGAGGCGUCCUGCAUGAGUGACGAGGAGGUCAAGGCCUUCAUCAAGCAGCACGGUCUUACGCUCUGCAUCCCCCAGCGCGAGCUGGGCAAGGGCGCUUUCGGCCACGUGGAAAUGGUGAUCAUUACCCUGCCUGACGGCACCACCGUCAAGGCCGCACGCAAGACCCUGCACGCGUGUGAGACCAAGGGCGCUGUGGCUGCACUACGCCGCAUACUGAACCAGGAGCUGGCAGGGCUGGCUGCUGCCGCGGGCUGCGAGCACGCGGUGCAGUGCCUGGGCUACCGGCUGCCGACUGAUGACGACGAGCGGGCGGAGCUGCUGCUGAGCUGUGCGGAGGGCGGCUCCGUAGAGAACCUGCUGGUGGGUGCUGGGCUAUGAGGCGCGGGGCGGGUGCGGUGACGGCGCCUGGUUGGCGCAUGCUCUGUACGGGGAUUGUGGUUGCUUGACUGCGGCUCCUCUCCCCUAACCUG